CGGGCGCGCCUUGUCCCGCGCCGCGCCCCGCACGCAGCCUGCCUGCCCGCCGCCCCCAGAGCGGAGCGGGCUGGACUCCCGGUAAUGUUUAACUUGGGCCCGAACUUGAGAGCCAGCGAGUGACUCCGGCGCCCCGAGCAGUGCAGCUGGACGCGCAUCUCGGCGGCUCGCCUUGAUUUCUGUCCCCGGUCCCGCUGCGGAACUCCGUUACGCACCAGCUCUGAGCCAUGAAGACAGUAUGGAAGGUGCUCCUGGGACUGCUAGGGGUGGCUGCGGUCAUCACCGUCAUCACCGUGCCUGUGGUCCUGCUGAACAAAGACAAAGGUGUAAUUGACAGUCGUAGAACCUACAAAUUGGAAGAUUAUUUAAAAAGUACUUUUAGAACAAUGUAUUACUCAUUGAUAUGGAUUUCAGAUUAUGAAUAUCUCUACAAACGAGAAGAUAAUAUCUUGCUAUUCAAUGCAGAAUAUGGAAACUACACCACAUUCUUGGCGAACAGUACAUUUGAGGAAUUUGGACAUAUCAUAAAUGAUUAUAUAGUCUCACCUGAUAGACAGUUUGUUCUCUUGGAGUACAACUAUGAGAAGCAAUGGAGGCAUUCCUACACAGCUUCAUAUGACAUUUAUGAUGUUAAUAAAAGACAGCUGAUUACAGAACAGAAAAUUCCAAACAACACACAGUGGAUCACAUGGUCACCAGAGGGUCACAAAUUGGCAUAUGUUUGGAAGAAUGAUAUUUAUGUUAAAAUUGAACCAUAUUCAGAAAGUCACAGAAUCACCUGGAAUGGAAAGGAAAAUUCCAUAUAUAAUGGAAUAACUGACUGGGUUUAUGAAGAGGAAGUCUUCAGUUCCUACUCUGCUCUGUGGUGGUCUCCAAACGGCACUUUUUUAGCAUAUGCCCAAUUUAACGACACAGAAGUCCCACUUAUUGAAUACUCCUUCUACUCUGAUGAGUCACUGCAGUACCCAAAGACUAUACGGGUUCCAUAUCCAAAGGCAGGAGCUGUGAAUCCAACUGUAAAGCUCUUCAUAAUAAAUACAAAUACUCUGAGUACAAGCAAUUCAUCUGUGCAAAUCACUGCUCCUGCUUCUAUUUUGAUUGGGGAUCACUACUUGUGUGACGUGACAUGGGCAACUGAUGAAAGGAUUUCUUUACAGUGGCUCAGAAGGAUUCAGAACUAUUCAGUCAUGGAUAUUUGUGACUAUGAGGGGCCUAACGUGCCAUGGAAUUGCCCAGUGCCACAUCAGCACAUUGAAAGUAGUACUACUGGCUGGGUUGGAAGAUUUAGGCCUGCAGAACCAUACUUUACCUCUGAUGGAAAAAAUUUCUAUAAGAUUAUUAGCAAUGAAGAUGGCUACAAGCAUAUUUGUUAUUUCCAAGUAAAUCAGCCAAACUGCACAUUUGUUACAAGAGGACCCUGGGAAGUCAUAGGGAUAGAAGCUCUUUCAAAUAAUUAUUUAUACUAUAUUAGCAACCAAAAUAAAGACAUGCCCGGUGGACGAAAUCUUUAUAAAAUCCAACAGAAUGACUACACGAAAGUGACAUGCGUUAGCUGUGAGCUGAAUCCAGUAAGAUGUCAGUACUAUUCUGCAUCAUUUAGCAAAGAGGCAAAGUACUACCAACUCCUCUGCUCUGGUCCUGAACUACCCCGCUUUACUCUGCAUAGAAGCUCAGAUGAUAAAGAAAUAAGAGUCCUGGAAGAUAAUGAAGUUUUGAAUAUAACACUGAAAGAUAUCCAGAUGCCCUUAAAAAAAUUGGACACUAUUACUUUGCAUGGAACAAAAUUUUGGUAUCAGAUGAUUUUGCCUCCUCAUUUUGAUGAAUCCAAAAAAUAUCCUCUGCUAAUAGACGUGUAUGCAGGCCCCUGUAGUCAAAAAGCAGAUGCAACCUUCAGACUCAACUGGGCUACUUACCUUGCAAGCACAGAAAACAUUAUAGUAGCAAGCUUUGAUGGCAGAGGAAGUGGUUACCAAGGAGAUAAAAUCAUGCAUUCAAUCUACAGAAGACUGGGAACAUUUGAAGUAGAAGAUCAAAUCGGAGCAGCCAGAGAAUUUGUAAAAAUGGGGUUUGUGGAUGACAAACGGAUUGCAAUUUGGGGUUGGUCAUAUGGAGGGUAUGUCACCUCAAUGGUCCUGGGAGCAGGAAGUGGUGUUUUCAAAUGUGGGAUUGCUGUGGCACCUGUGUCCCGGUGGGAGUACUAUGACUCAGUGUACACAGAACGUUAUAUGAGUCUCCCAACUCUAGAAGACAACCUUGACCACUACAGGAAUUCAACAGUCAUGAGCAGAGCUGAAAAUUUUAAACAAGUUGAGUACCUCCUUAUUCAUGGAACAGCAGAUGAUAACGUUCAUUUUCAGCAGUCAGCGCAGAUUUCCAAAGCACUGGUGGAUGCUGGAGUGGAUUUCCAGGCGAUGUGGUACACGGACGAGGACCACGGGAUUGCCAGCAGCACCGCACACCAGCACAUCUACACGCACAUGAGCCACUUCCUCAAACAGUGUUUCUCUUUACCUUAGCACCUUGGAAAGCGCAUUACAUUGUACAGCUUA